AUCUGACCUUUUCCUCCACUCAGUAGCUGAUGUUGGCACCAUGUCUCCGCAGGCUGGCCUUGCCCAUUGCCUCUCAGGAACUUCAUCUUUCGGAGGGUGCCAGGGGAGACGGCUCAGUAGAUCCAGCUCUUGCCACACAAGUGUGGGGACCAGAGUUCUGACCCCUGAACCCAUGUAAAUGACAUGUGGAUGUGGUGGCCUGCCUGUGAUCCCAGUGCUCAGAAGGCAGGAAGUUGGCUAGAGUUACUAAUAUUGGUGCGCUCAGGGCUCGGUUGAGAGACCCACCUCAUUGAAUGAGAUGGAGGAUCUUGACAUCCACUCUGGGCCUUCCCACCCGUGAAUACUCAUAUGCACAACUCCAGAUCAUUCAAAAGCUAGUAUUUGUCCUCUGCCUUAUUAAGCAUGCUUUGUAAGGGGUUGGCAGGAAAGGAUGCUCAACGUUGAGGUUUGAAGGAGAGGAUGCAGUUCUAAUACCAGAGAUAGGAGACCUUCCUAGUCUGGCUGCAGCAGAGAAGCAGCCCGGGCUUUGCUUUUAGUUCCCUUAACAUUCGACGCCUUGCUGAGGAGAGGCGUGAAGACGGUGCUUAUACUUCCUUGAUUCAGCCUAGACAUCUGACUCUUCAGAGAAUCCAUGCUCCCUGAAAGCCACUACUUUUAAAAAUCUAAACCCCCAGAGGCCUCUCUCUUCCUCUUCCCAUCCCCAGUUUCCAUGCACCUAUUAAAACCAGGAUGGGAAGCAUUUGCUGGCUGGUCCCAAUUAUUGUAUCCUUGCCUAAAAAUGAAGGGCCUCCCUCCAAAAAUCUGGCAGUCUGGCCUCCACCUUUCCCCUACUUAACUCUCAGGACCCCACCCAUUCCCUGGGGUUGCUACUGCUGCUGCUAGCUGGAGCCCGCACAGCACAUGGAUCUGGCUGUCCUGCCUGGACUUGCAGAACCGAACGGGCCAGGGGCCAAAUUCUUCAGACUCCUUGGAAAGAGAGCAAUCUUACCAUCCCAUGACGGGUGAUAAAGAACCACCAAAGGAAAGAAUGACAGAUGCGCCCUGGCUCCUGGACCAGGACUCCUGCAGCCAGCCAAUAGCUUAGCCGGCCCUGAAAACGCACCUCUGUAGGGAUGAGGGUAGGCACCUCUUCAGACUGCAGGCUGCUGGCCACCAGCAGUCAAAUUCCAAAGCGUGUGCGCCUAGGGCGGGGCCUGGUCUGUGGGGAGGGCCGGGCCGCCCCCCACUCCUGGCUCCCGCGCCACACCGCAGAGGCUGGGUGGGAAGGGCGGGUGCCAGCGCACGCGCGCCACGAUCCCAGGGACUAGCGUUCCCGGAGCCUGACCAAGAUCAGUGUUUCAGGAGGGACCACCCGGAGUGUAUGCGAGCGGCCAGGGCGGACCAGAGGAAGAGGGCACCAUGGCGGCCCUCUUGCUGCUGCUGCCUCUACUCUUGCUGCUGCCUCUGCUGCUGAAGCUGGACCUCUGGCCCCAGCUGCGCUGGCUGCUGGCCGACCUGGCCUUCACAGUGCGCGCCCUCCGCUGCAAAAGGGCCCUUCGAGAUCGCGCGCUGGCUGCCGCGGCCGCAGACCCGGAGAGCCCCGAGGGCGGCUGCAGCCUGGCCUGGCGCCUUGCGCACCUGGCCCGGGAGCGUCCGGCUCACACCUUCCUCAUUCACGGAGCACGGCGCUUCAGCUACGCGGACGCAGAGCGCGAGAGCAACCGGGCUGCUCGCGCCUUCUUGCACGCACGCGGCUGGGCCGGGGACCGCGGCGGCUCGGGCACUAGCAGCACCGAGGAAGGCGCACGCGCGGCGCCUGCCGCCCGAGACUCGGCGGCGGGAGGAGGGACGACCGCACCCCCUCUGGCACCCGGGGCGACUGUGGCGCUGCUCCUCCCCGCGGGCCCGGAAUUCCUAUGGCUUUGGUUCGGACUGGCCAAAGCCGGCCUGCGCACGGCCUUCGUGCCCACCGCCCUACGCCGAGGGCCCCUGCUGCACUGCCUCCGCAGCUGCGGUGCCAGCGCGAUGGUGCUGGCUCCAGAGUUCCUGGAGUCCUUGGAGCCGGACCUGCCGGCCCUGAGAGCCAUGGGGCUCCACCUGUGGGCGACGGGCCCCGAAACUCAUCUUGCUGGAAUCAGCAAUUUGAUGUCUGAGGCAGCAGCCCAAGUGGACGAGCCAGUGCCUGGGUACCUCUCGGCCCCCCAGAGCAUAAUGGACACCUGCCUGUACAUCUUCACCUCUGGCACUACUGGCCUGCCCAAGGCUGCUCGCAUCAGUCACCUGAAGGUCCUGCAGUGCCAGGGGUUCUACCAGCUGUGUGGCGUCCACCAGAAGGAUGUGAUCUACCUCGCGCUCCCACUGUACCACAUGUCCGGCUCCCUGCUGGGCAUUGUGGGCUGCUUGGGCAUUGGGGCCACGGUGGUGCUGAAGGCCAGGUUCUCAGCUAGCCAGUUCUGGGAAGAUUGCCAGAAGCACGGAGUGACGGUGUUCCAGUACAUUGGAGAGCUGUGCCGAUACCUCGUCAACCAGCCCCCGAGCCAGGCGGAGCAUGGCCACAAGGUCCGGCUGGCAGUGGGCAGCGGGCUGCGCCCCGACACCUGGGAGCGCUUUGUGCGGCGCUUUGGACCUCUGCAGAUCCUGGAGACAUACGGAAUGACUGAGGGCAACGUGGCUACUUUCAACUACACGGGACAGCCGGGGGCGGUGGGGCGCGCUUCCUGGCUUUACAAGCACGUCUUCCCCUUCUCCUUGAUUCGAUAUGAUGUCAUGACAGGGGAGCCUAUUCGGAAUGCCCAGGGGCAUUGUGUGGCCACAUCUCCAGGUGAGCCAGGGCUACUGGUGGCCCCGGUGAGCCAGCAGUCCCCCUUUCUGGGCUAUGCUGGGGCUCCAGAACUGGCCCAGGGGAAGCUGCUGAAGGAUGUCUUCUGGCCUGGAGACGUUUUCUUCAAUACCGGGGACCUCUUGGUCUGUGAUAAGCAAGACUUUCUUCACUUCCAUGAUCGCACCGGAGACACCUUCAGGUGGAAGGGGGAGAAUGUGGCCACAACUGAAGUGGCUGAGGUCCUCGAGGCCCUGGACUUCCUUCAGGAGGUGAACAUCUAUGGAGUCACGGUGCCAGGGCACGAAGGCCGGGCUGGCAUGGCAGCUUUGGCCCUGCGGCCUCCGCAGGCUUUGGACCUUGUGCAGCUCUACGCCCAUGUAUCUGAGAACUUGCCACCUUAUGCCCGACCUCGAUUCCUCAGGCUCCAGGAGUCUUUGGCCACCACCGAGACCUUCAAACAGCAGAAGGUUAGGAUGGCGAAUGAGGGCUUUGACCCCAGGGCGCUGUCUGAUCCUCUCUAUGUUCUGGACCAGGAUGCGGGUGCCUACCUGCCCCUCACACCUGCCCGCUGCAUUCCCAUAGAGCCACGGGCUCCACAUUCCUGUCCUGACCUGUGUGACCCUGAGCUGUGGCUGAUUCUUUCUGAUAACCGCAUCUGACCCCGGUUGGUCCUGGAGGAGCCCUGGCGGUUGAUGUUUGUGCUCCUGCGGACACUGCUGUGUCUCAGGAGCUGUGGGAUCCCAAAGGAUCGCCUCUGAUGGCAGAAGCAGAUGGAGGCGCUCAGAAACACUGCCAACACUGCGCCCCACCGCCCCGCCCUCCCCAUCCCGUCGCGGCCUGCUCACACCUCACCACAGCCUUAUGUGUGGCUGGUCCUGAGGAAGUCUCAACCAUGGAAAACAAAUGUGGGCAGGCUGGGGAAGGAGGUACUGUGAUCUCGAGAAGCCGGUCAGGGGAAGGGAGCCCUCAGCCUCAAGACUCCCGUGUCUCUGUUCCUGGUCACCCACUUCAAGAAGGGGAAAUUUGACUUCCACAGUCCCUCAGCAGGGGGUUCUGAGAAUCUACAGGCAUAACAGGGAUGCUGGGAAACAGACAGAGGGCUCUCCUUGUCUCCUGAAGGAGACCAUCUGGAAAGGUGGUCUCCCAGGAACCAUGGUGCCUCUGUUUGGAGCUGGGGCCUUCUCUUUGUUUUCUCUCUCCUCCUCACCCCCUCCCCAACAUGAGUGGUGAGAAACACCCAUCGACGGCUGGAGAGGGCUCAGUGGCUAAGAGCACUGGCUGCUGCUGCUGCUAAGUUCUCGGUGCAUUCCUCAGGCAGCUCACAACUGCGUGUGACGCCAGUUCCCAGGAACCAACACCCUCUUCUGGCCUUUGUGGGCAUCAGGCUUGUAUGUGUGUUGUACACAUACAUACAUGAAGGCAUAUGCACAUAAAAUUUUUAAAUAAACAAGAAGAGUUAUCUAGUUACUUUGUUUUUGUUUUUCCGAGACAGGGUUUCUCUGUGUAGCUUUGGUGCCUUUUCUGGAACUCACUCUGUAGCCCAGGCUGGCCUCGAACUCACAGAGAUCCACCUGGCUCUGCCUCCCGAGUGCUAGUUAUUUGUAUAAAGGAAAGAAACACGCCUCGCCUCCAAAGCUUGGACCCCUACUGCCAGCCCUCUUGAUAUCCAAGCCUGCAUCCCACCCCAUGUUCACCAGCAAGCUCAGUUCAGCCUCCCUGAAAAUAGAGCCAGCACCCACACACUGACUGAUUCGUUAGGAACUGGGCUCAC